GACAGCUGGCAGCCCCGCGCCAGACCAGACACAAAGCCGAUCAAUCCCCGCGGUGGCGCGGGGGCGGGGGACGCCCCGCCAGGGCUGUCCCUUCCGCUGCUCGCCUCCUGCUGCCCCCUCGCUAGGACCCCGCGGACACCUCGUCCGGCUUCCACGCCCUCCCCUUCUCACCCCAACCACCCCAAGGAGCAGCCCGGAGUUCCCCCAGCCCAGGGCAGGAAGACCUGCCCUCGGCACCCCGCUGGGAAGGCGCCCCGGGGAGCGGGAAACUGACAUCCCGCCGGGACCCGCCCUCCCUUCUUGGACUAGACUCGCUCCCCCGCCCCCGCCCCCGCCCCAGAAGUUGGGGGCCCCCACCCGGCCUCCCGCGCUCCGCAGCCGGGACCCUCGACCUCGGCGGAGCGGCCGCCCGGCGCGGGGAAGAUGGCGAGGAGGAGCCGCCACCGCCUCCUCCUGCUGCUGCUGCGCUACCUGGUGGUCGCCCUGGGCUAUCAUAAGGCUUGUGGAUUCUCUGCCCCAAAAGACAAAGUAGUCAAAGCAACAGAGUACCAAGAGAUUAUUUUAGCCUGUAAAACCCCAAAGAAGACCAUGUCCUCCAGAUUAGAGUGGAAGAAACUGGGGCGGAGUGUCUCCUUUGUCUACUAUCAACAGGCUCUUCAAGGUGAUUUUAAAAAUCGAGCUGAGAUGAUAGGUUUCAACAUACGGAUCAGAAAUGUUACAAGGAAUGAUGCCGGAAAAUAUCGUUGUGAAGUUAGUGCCCCAUCUGAGCAAGGCCAAAACCUGGAAGAGGACACGGUCACUCUAGAAGUGCUAGUGGCUCCAGCAGUUCCAUCCUGCGAAGUACCCACUUCCGUUCUGAGUGGAACUGUGGUAGAGCUAAGAUGUCAAGACAAAGAAGGGAACCCAGCCCCUGAGUACACAUGGUUUAAGGAUGGCAUCCGUUUGCUAGAGAAUCCAAAACUUGGCUCCCAAAGCACCAAUAGUUCAUACACAGUGAAUGCAAAAUCUGGAACUCUGCAAUUUAACACUGUUUCCAAACUGGACACUGGAGAAUAUUCCUGUGAAGCCCGUAAUCCUGUUGGAUAUCGCAGAGCCGCUUUAAUAACUGGGACGAAUGCAAGUAGGGUAAAAGUUGAUGAUCUCAACAUAAGUGGCAUCAUAGCAGCCGUAGUAGUUGUGGUCUUAGUGAUUACCGUUUGUGGCCUUGGUGUGUGCUAUGCUCAGAGAAAAGGCUAUUUUUCAAAAGAAGCCUCCUUCCAGAAGAGUAGUUCUGCAUUGAAAGCCACUACAAUGAGUGAAAAUGAUUUCAAGCACACAAAAUCAUUUAUAAUUUAAAAGAUUCCACCUUCGAGAUACACCAAAACCACAGUUGUUAUAGAAGUCAUUAAACUGUUAUAAAACUCUGCUUUGUCUUACAUUUGCAAAAAAAGUACAUGAGGAAAUGAAAUUGGUAUUUCAUUAUAAUUUGUAUGACUGCUAAUUCACCUGAAUUUGUUAUUUUAAGCAAAUAAUUCUGUCAACACCUAAAAUAUAGUCUGGCUUCCGUUUCUGGACUGAGUUAAAAGAAUCAAAAUAUUUUGUAAUAUUUUCUGGGUUUUGUGAAAUGUUAACAAUGUCCUAACUUCUAGAGAAGGUUACUAAAAUAUAGUGAUUGUGAAGUUAAUCCAUAGAGCAUGAAAAUGUAAACUGCACACAUCCUCCGUGCAAGAGUCUGACUUAGGGGAUUCAGAGAAUACUCUGACAGAUGCAAAAGGAACCUCUGGUCUCAUUUCUACUAGAAUCCUCUUUUCUCCCCUAAUAUAAUCCUUAUUCCGCUGCUCAUUUAUCACUAAUACAUCCACAGAAGGGAGGAAGUGGGGGUAAGUCUUAUGCCCAAGGAUUUUUGGCACUUUGUGUUUACUUUCAUUUCUGAGAACCAACAGCAACAUGAAAAGAAAUACCUAAUGGCUGGAGCUCACAGGUGUGCACCAUACGAUUCACCUGUUGUGUGUCACUGCUUUCUUCAUUAAACAUAGUUUUGAUGGUCAGACACAAAUCCAAGAGACUCAUUUCACCCUCAGAGCUGCUUUCUGCUGUUUCCUUCUUUGAAGAGGACCAGUGACCUUGACAUCAAAACUCACCGUUGGAUCCUAUACAGUCUUGCAGUUAGUUACCUUUACCUGCAUGAGUGGUGACUUCACAUCUUUUUGUCUCUAAAAAUUAGGCAUUGAAAUUCUGAGCAGGGCCAAGUCCCUUGGGGGUGGGGGUUGCCAAUCCUGCUUUAGGGAAAGCAGGGAUACAGAGGGAAGAAGUAGUUAUCUACAAGGAAAAUGAGAUGAAAAAGCUCACUGUGAAUCCCUGCAUCUGGCACCCCUCUUGAGAUAUAGAGGGCACAGAAGAAAUGGCUGAAAUGACAAGUAAGUCUGAUCAUCUGGUUUCUCAGCUGAUUAACCACAAAAAGCCUCCAGCUAGUGAUACAAUGUGAAAGUUCCAAGGAUACAUUUAAUAGUAAGAGCGAUUAGGCUAUGUUUAAAAAGCAUUGUCAUUUUUAACUUAUUUUGAUUAUUCAAUUCAUAAUCAAAACAAAAUAUGGCUAGGGUACGUCCUGUUCUUCUGGACAAAUCUGGAGGAAAAGGUCACUCUUAACAUGGUGAAGCUAUUUUCGAAGGAGUCUGCUCUUCCUACCCAAUAGGCAAAGCAAAUCUCCAGCAUUCGCCGAACAAACAAAUGGAUUAAGUAGACACUGAGUGCGUAGCAUGUGCCUAGACACCAAGUCACCGGGAAAAUGCCCACUCCCCCUUUGACUUGUCUGUGGCAUUCGUGGAUUGUCUGUGGCAUUUGUCUGUGGACUUCUCACUAGAUCCCAUCCUGAAGAUCAGGCUUCUGUAACAUGGCUGUGCCCCAAAGGCCAAAUUAUCACCACAUUAGUCAGCAAAUAUCUUUGUAAAGUGCCAGAUAGUAGAUAAGCCAUAUGAUUCCUGUUGCAACUACUGGACUCUGCCAUUGUAGCACAAAAGCAGCCAUAGAAAAUAAGCAAAUGGGCAUGUCUGUGUUCCAAUGAAACUAUUUACAAAAACAGCAGGCAUGGACAGGAUUGGGUUCACAGGCAUGGUUUCCCAACUCAUGGUGGUGAAGGAUGGAAAAAAAUACCUGUCUACAAGCUUUUGUAAGAAAUACGCUAAAUAUUGCCUAUGCUUUGAUUGGAAGAUAUGCGUCGGUUGUAGGAAUGCUUUUCCUCUUGCAUUGGCAAAUGCCUAUGUGAUUCUCGAAGAUGCCUCUUCAGACAUACCUAUCAUCACACAAGAUCAACUUCUUCAACUUAAACCACACAAAUUCAUAUUGGUGUGUGUGUGUGGGGGGGGAAUAUGUAGUGCCUUAGCUUCGCUAAUAGAUGAAAAGCUUAUUUUUUCAGACAUGAAAGGCUAGCCGAUUCAUUUUAUGCAUCUAACACUCUCUUUGUGUCAUAUUACACAUUAUCUUAAAAAUAUUGUAUACAGCUAAGUAAAAAUCAUUGUAUAAAGUAUGCUUUCUCCCACACAAAGAACAUAAUAUUGAGUACUAAUUUUCUAAUUAUUAAAAGUAUACCUGUGGGUCACUGGUGUCUAGA